CUGGAGACAGCUUCCGCUUCCGCUUACCGGCUCCAUGGAUUCCUUUGGGAGCAGCUCUGGAGCCCAAGAAACCAGUUCAUGGAGGCGGCCAUGUUUGGCUACGUGUUUUCCCCAGCAGAGGAUGCGCACUGGCUACCUAAACAUGAAGAUCAUAGAAAAAAACAAUAUAUCUUCAUUCGUUCAACUAGGAAAUGAGUUUUUGACACAGGAAACGUAAUAAACUACAAAACCUCCGGUAACCACUGGGUCAAUUCCCCUGCCACGGAACAAGCAGCGAAGUACUUCCGGGGAAAAGCGUUACGCUGACAUGAGGAAGGUUAUCUAACUUGCUAUAAUGAAGUGCAUAUGAAGAAUAUUUGUGUGUCCCGUCUGCCACUGUCGGGGUAAGCUUGGCGGUCCCUGCUUCCGCGAUGACGGCGCGCCGUUGGCUGAAGGUCGCUGGAAGCUUCGCGGCGCCGGGUGCAUCCGGACUGAUCCCGGGCAGCAGACGAAUGAGUUCGAGAAGAAAAACUGACCACUUGGAGAGAACAGCGAACAAUUACAGACAGAUGGCCGUCUUCCCCGCGAAGGUGUGUGGGAUGAUGAACGAGUCUGACUCAGUGAGACGCCUCCGCCUGUCCAUCCCCCAUCCCGAUUUCAGCUUCAAAGCAGGACAGUGGGUGGACUUCUUCAUCCCGGGACAGGAGAAGGUGGGCGGGUUCUCCAUCUGCUCAAGCCCCGCCCUCCUGCGCAGAGAGGGCGUGAUCGAGCUGGCGGUGAAAUACACCACCCACCCGCCCGCACACUGGAUACACCACUCUUGCCGUUUGGACUCAGAGGUGGAGGUUCGGGUGGGUGGGGACUUCUUCUUUGACCCCUCCCCUGGGGGUGGGGCGGUGGACCUGCUGCUGGUGGCGGGGGGCGUGGGGAUUAACCCCCUGUUCUCCAUCCUGCUGCACGCGCGCGACCUGCAGCGCCACCGCCAGGCGGGAGGGCAGCACUGCGCCCCGGGGGCUGUGCGGCUCUGCUACAGCGCCAAGACCGCCCAGGACCUGCUGUUUCAGAGUUCGAUUGUUGAGGCAUGUGAGGAGUUCCCCGGAAGGUUCUCUUGUGAUUUCCACCUGACCCACCAGAGCGAGGAGGUCGAGCCCCAGCUGCAGCCGUACAUCAGUGGUGGCAGGAUAUCAGAGCAGGUUCUCAGGGAGCACCUGGAGAGCCUGGCAGGGGCGGGGCGGAGGGAGACGCUGUGUUACCUGUGCGGGCCGCCGCCCAUGAUCGAGAGCGUCUCCGGGCACCUGCAGCGCCUGGGCGUCCCGCCCCACCGGGUCCUGUUCGAGAAGUGGUGGUAGCUCCACCCCCUGCGGCCAAGAGCCACGCCCACGCACACCCGGAACUCAGUGUCUGAACACCUGAACACCCGAACACCUGAACACCUGAACACCUGAACACCCGAACACCUGAACACCUUCCUCUGACAGACUGGCCCGCCCCCUCCACCCGGUCGGUCUGGUGUUGGUGCUUUGGGCCGGGCCCUGUGUUGGUGCUUUGGGCCGGGUCCUGUGUUGCACUGUUACAGCUUUCUGAGGGUUUUUAUGAUUGGCUCGUCCUCACCCAAGACAGAAAUUAUCUGCAUUAUCUUUUAUUUAUUUUCAAAUGAGAAUGUGUCAUUCUUUAUUCUUUUUAUUUUUUAAUCUCUCUCCAUAUGGAGAUGCAGCAGAAAUAACAUUUUACCUCACAAACGCACAAACCUUUUUAGUGUUUUUGUUCUGAAGCAUUCUGUAUUCAGGAUUUCUGUUUUGUUCUUUAUAGAACGCUGUUGUGUUUGUUGCCUGGGAGACAACCUUCCAGAUGACCUCUCCAGAAUCCUCAGACAGGAGAGGUCACGCACAGAUUCUCUUUAAAGGGUUCUUAUAGACAUGGACUGAUGUUGAACUUCAGUUACAGACUGACCAGUCAGCCGUGUGAAAACUUAACUAGCAGAUGCAAUUAUGCCUUAAUAAUGAAUAAUUAAUAACUCAUAUCCUCCUCUGUGUCGUCAGUCCUCCAGAUGCAUAAACAAGAGGUACUAACCACUAUUUCCUGAAAGCAGCGAAACGAACUCAGACAGAAGUGUUGCUGAAGAGCGCGGUGUGGGGCUGGAUGGUGUUUAAUGGUAAAUGGAGCAGACAGAAUAAAAGAACAGAAACUCAAAAGAACAGAAACUCAGAAGAGCAGAAAUAUGGUGCCUGCCUCUGGAGAGGAGACGUGGUCUUCAGCAAAGGGAGUUCUGCUGGUUUUAUUAUUUAUUCAUGCCAAGGUUGAUAGCUGUUGAAUGACUGCAGACUUUUUCAAAAAUUAAUGUAGUGUUUCCAGUCAAUAAAGGGUUGGCAUUCUUUAAAAUUGUUGGUGUUCUGUGAUGACCCUUACCAACCUAGGGACAUUUUAUUUUGUGCUUUUAAACCUGCAUUCGGUUGUGAGCUAGAAUGCAAUUUCAAAAUGGCCAUGUUUUUUUCCCCAUGACAGAGUGUGGGGUUUGUUGUCCGUGAGAAUGUGUUGCUGUGAAUAAAGUUUUAUUUUUCAUUUCACUGCCACA